AUGUCGGCGCAUCUUAAUUGGAUGAUCAUUCGUAACAACAAUGCGUUCCUGGUGAAAAAACGCAAUAUAAAAAAGCCGUUCAGCAAGGAACCAAACAAUGUAACUAACCUAAACGCCUUCAGGUACAACGGUUUGAUUCACAAGAAGACCGUCGGCGUGGUUGAGAAUGAAAACCCCAGCAGGAAAGGCUUCACAGUCGUGUACAAGAAGGCAAAGGCAACAAACAAGCCCGCCAAGAACCUCAUUAAGCGUAGUUUCAAGGCUGGUGCCAGAAGAUCACUGCACAAAGCUAAAAGGCUAUUGAAAUGCAACAACUACCGUAAGGACCUAAUCAAAGCCACUUUACGACGUGCCUCAGCAAUUCUUCGUUCCCAACGGCCCAUUAAAGCGAAGAAACCGAAAGCCACUGCUGCAAAGACAGAAUAA